CCGUUUCCUUGAAUUAUACUAUCAAAGUUCUGUCCCCUUUGUGUUGCAUUUCGUUUCCGUUUAAGGCUGAUAUUCUGCUGGAUAUUUCCACGCAAUAACGACAGGUGGAAAUCUUGUUUGAGAACAGUGUAGCUAAACGGCCGUUCAGUUUCAAUUUUCGGCGACAACACCGUUAUGAUGGACAUCCAACCUCACUUUCUCAGCCGCUGAAGCGAAGGGGAGCAACCAUGUAAGCCGUCGAAAGCAUUCCAAUGUGUCAUUCAAACCGAACAUUCCUCGCGAACCGUGUAUCUAUCCACGUUUGGUUCUGCCGAGUAUUGGAGCGGCCGCAGUGGUUCAUCUCCGACGAUUUUCCUUAAUGACGUUUCACGCCGUGACCAGUCCGUGCAGGGUAGAUUUUUAGUACCGGUCCUCAGGAUCGUAUCCAUCUCAGUCUCAGCCACGCAAUGACUGAGAAAUCUAGGCAAUUAUUGACAAGGUUUCAUCCCACCCACGGGGAAAACGUAGUACUCACGAAUGACAGCACCGUAGCUUAUCGUACUACCAGCUUCGCCAAUUCCCUGGCUUUCAGUGAAAAACCGCUGCAGCCAGGCGAGAUCUUUCUGGUAGAGAUCGAAAGGACUCAAAGAGGAUGGAGCGGACAUAUGAGACUAGGACUCACCUUACUCGAUCCCGCGACUGUGGACGGUUCCUUACCCAAGUUCGCGCUGCCUAAUCUGGUCAAAUUAAGCAACACAUGGAUGUUCGCUAUUACCGGACGUAGCUCUAUGUGGGAUUACUUGGAUAUCAUGAGAUACGGUGAAGGAAUACCAUCCAGAGAAAAGAAGCUAAUAACAGAUGGAGUUAAUGUUCAAACAUCUAGAGGAGUUAUACCCAUGAAUGCCCUUAGACCAAACACGAUAUCACAAAAUAUCCUACCCACGGAUGCUGGAAGUCGUGUUGGAUUGAUGUAUGUGCCCCAGGCUGGUUCUGACAAGGCAGAAAUGCACUUUAUAAUAAACGGAGAAGACCAAGGAGUAUGCAUGAAGGAUAUACCUUACAAAGCAGGGCCCAUGCGAGCAGUGGUAGAUCUAUAUGGUACUACCACACAAGUCAGGAUAGUUCAGUUGUAUGGCGCAGUAUCCACCCUACAGAGUGCCUGUCGCGAUGCAAUACUACAGUAUACCAAGGGAAAUGCAGUCGACUCGCUUCCGCUUCCACGGGUUCUGAAAGAUUAUCUACUAUACCAGUCGCAGUGAGAGUCGAGCAUCAUUCCAUCUUGUAACUCGACUUUGAUUCUCCAUCUUAAUUUAGAUAACGAUUUCAAUAUUCGACGUUCUUUUGCGAUUCAAUGCUCCCACCAAUGUUGCAAUACAUUGUAUCGCGUAAAUCGUACUUUCAAUUUCUUUACUUCAAAAGUAAAAAAACAAAGCUUUUUACAGAAAGAUUAAAUGCCGUUUUAGUUGUUCCAGAUAGGCGUUUCUUUGAUUUGUAUUAUUUACUAUUAUAUAUCUAAUACGCGUUAUCAGCUCUCUUCUUUUCUUUUUUAUACAAUUUUAAGCGAUCAAUACACGCACCAAUGCUAAAUUCUGACUUGUACAUAAUGUAAGAAAUCGUUGAUUGAGCACCUGUCGAUUACGAUGGACAAGAGAAAACAACAUUCUCUCAGUGCAUUAACAUUCAUCGCUGCCACACGUUCGCAGUUACAAUCGUACGAAUCCACUAGGCUCACACUAUCGUGAGUGUAACAUUCUUUUCUACUCUUUACGACCCACUGUAUCUCCUACGGAUAUUGUAGAGUUGAGUUGGGUGCACUGUUAAUAUUCGCAAAUAUUGAUCUGAUCGACAUAAACGGUUAAGUUCAACAUGUUUUUUCAAAAUAAAUGUAUUUAUAAAAAAACUAA